AUGAAACAAUCCGGCUCCGAUUCUGACUCCGACUCCGGUCUCUCAAAAAAUUCCAACUUCGUCUCUAGUCCAUCAAAAAAUUCCAACUCCGACUUCGACUCCGACACUGUUUUUAGGAACAAUUGUGCAGCAAAUGCUAAAAUAAUUCAAUGCGUUGUUAUGAUAAACUAUACUGUUUACGUUAAAACUUUUUUUGGUUUGAUAGACAGCACAGAUACUCCUCCGCCGAUGUCCUCGCCAAUUGCUCUAAAAUCUUCCGCAUCAUCAAGCUCGUCCAUUCAGUUGUCGUGGUCCGACAUUAGCUUCAAACGUUUGCAAAAAAUAAAAGGCACGACAGAUGGGAGGGUGUACGUUGUUCGAUUCAAAAGUCGACUGCAGGGCGGCUACAAAUAUCUUAACACUACAAAGUUGGAGACUGUCGUUCAAAACUUGCGACCAGACACGGAAUACAUCUUCAGCGUGAAAGUUAUAAUUGGAAAAAGACAAAGUUCAUGGAGUCUCAACGUAGUGGAAAAAACUAAGGAAUCAGCUCCUACUUCCGCGCCCACUCAACUACACUUAGCAAGAAAUAAAGACCCAACGAAAGUGACGUUGUCAUGGCAACCGCCAACCAAUCCUAAUGGGCGCAUCACAGGGUACCUAGUGUUGUAUUCAGAAGACGUAACAUUGCAAGACGAACACUGGAAAACAAAACGAGUUGUUGGACACACUUUUUCAUCCACUGUUGAUCGAUUGUCUGCCAACACAAAAUACUACUUCAAAAUUCAGGCGGUCAAUGCGGUGGGAGUAGGUCCUGUUUCUCUCACCGCUCUUUUCAAAACAACCUCUGAUAAAAUUGACGGGGAAAAAAAUACUCCGCUAAACCAUACUCUUCAUCAAGAAGAACGAUCAAAUGUCGAAAGUUCAAAAGAGUGGUCACUGUUGCCAAUGUUGAUGACCAUCAUCUCUCUCGUUCUUGUCCUGGUCAUCAUUGUCUCCAUUUUUGUAAUAAUAAAAGUUAAAAGAAACAAGAUCGUCAUUCAAAAUAAAGAAAUUAGCGACAAUCCGACCUCUCCUGACCCAUCCAGUGGGAAGUCCUAUCUCAAACCUCCCGACCUGUGGACUCAUGGCGAAGGGAACAUCAGGGAGGUCAACGGGAACAUUGAUGAUUUCGUUAACGACCAUUCGAGCGACGAUAGUUCGACCGCUGAAAGAUGGACGUUGAAAAGUAACCACUAUCUAACAGAAGAAUCAAAAUUCAAAAGUUUAACUUUGAAACAAAAGACAUGUACAUUGAUGUCCAAUUCUUCCAACGUCAUUCCAGAAAAUGAUAUCCAGCUCUCUCCUGCACUUCCAUCCAACAGCCUUCUCAAAUCCAAAUACGACUUCUCCAAAUCACAUUUAUCAGGACCACGUGUUUACGUUGGCGAUGUUGCUAAUUCAACCAUAGACAGCUCAGGACCACAAAGAUUCCUGGGCAAACCAUCCCAUUACGGAAAAGUUCCUACGACCAAUAGCAAGUUUGUGUCAGGUAUAAAUAGUAAACAUGAAUUGUCAGAACGCAAUGUUGCGUUUUUUGAUAUCCAAAUCCCAUUUACUUCCGAGAAAAUUGAAGCUGUUGACUUGUUUCACCUGUUUAUCAUUAAUGAUUAUGGAACAGAUCGAGGCGGCCAGACGUACGUUUCGUCUCUCACGAGACUCGUCAGUCUCGUGAGAGACCCGUAA